UAAUACAGCAUGUUCCUUGCCAACAAAAAGGUGUCAAUCUCAAAAGCCGUCACAGGUCGAAGUGCCACUUCUGCGGUUAUAUAUUUAGUAUUUAAAUUGGCGGCGUUCACAAUAUGUCUAGGAAUAGUUAUUACAGUAAGUUUGUUGGCGACGAAAAAAAUCGAGUUUCCGUUGGUAGCAAUGAAGGAAACACGUUUAUAUUCGCAAGAAUACUACGAAAAUGAAUCUGGAGACGAUGUAUACCAACUCAAACAGCAUGAUCAUGUACAGGAUAUGAAACACAUUCAAGCCGACCGGUAUGGACAUCUGCAGUUCACAAACAACAACUCAUCAUGGGCAAGGAAUAAUAGCACAAUACGUAUGCAGGGAAGAUACUUCAACAAGUGCCCAGGUUUACCCACCGCAAAUCAGACUCUGAAACCUGCACCCUUGAUGAGAUACGCAUCCCCAGUGUACACAAAAAUAUCAGCAAAGAAAUAUAAUAUUCGGCGAUACGCGGGAAGAUUUCUCAGGGCAAUGAAUGACUAUGGAGUGAUUUACUACGCCACAAGCGGCACACUUCUAGGUGUUUACAGGCAUCGAGGGCAAAUUCCCGGCGACAAGGACAACGACGUCGAAAUCCCAUUGCGAUUAAAUAAGAGAUAUAUCAGAGACCAAAUAGACAUCGCUGUGGAGCUCACUAACGGCCAUAAUUCGGGUCGUGGAAUAGUUCACCAACAUCGCUCUCAUUUCGACAAGUCCGAUGAGGAGCAACUCGCGAGCCUGAAAAACAACUGCUCUGAAUUAUACGACGAAACAUCCGAUGUCGUACUACGAAAGGGUCUGAUGUGCGGCCUAAACGCUACGCAAUGGUCCGCGAUCUUGGACUCCAAUUUUAAAGCUUACUUCACAAGCUUAGGAUUUGGAGUGACUAUAAAAGACGCGGAACGAAAUUCAGCACACUACUACAUUCGAGAACCUUGUAGGGCCAAGGAAGACCCGUCAAUCAGACUAGAUCGGACCUGUUUUGCUUCAGAUAUAGUAUUUGUGAUUGAUCGCAACGAAAAGAAAUCGAACGACGCGACACAAUCAAAGAAGGCCAAACAAGCUUUGAUAGGGCGCACGUCUAAAUCACAAGAUACCAGGGUUGAUAUCGAGAAUCCAUGUGUCUGCUGGUUUUACAAUAUUCCUAUUCUGUGUCCAAGCGACUCGAAAGAUCUAUUAGAACGUGAUUAUGGUCCGGACUUUAUGACGCCUGACAGAGUACUAUCUGAGUACCGCCCAAAUACUCGCCUGGACAGUGGCAUACGUGUAGAGCACGUCAAGCACAAGAAGCCUGAAUCCAGACUACUGAGUAUACGAUAUAACAGUAGGUUCAAUCCCUACAUUACUGGGGCAUACGGAGACGGAGAAGCGGCCAAAUACGCGGUCAAAGUAAGGGCCGAUGAUAGCGUUACUGAUCAGCCGAUGAAUAAAUGAAUUAAUACUCCUACAUACAUAGUUGACUAUUUUUAGAUCAUAUAAAUUGUGUAUCAAUGUAUCACGGUGCAGCUAAGCGCUACAUAAGAGACGCUUGGCAGAAAGUGAUAGCAGCCAAUAAUCAUGC